AUGAAUGAGGUUCUCGAAGUUUUUGCGAAAUUGCUUAACAGAGAAAGACAGCGCUUUAUUAACGUAGAGACGAUACAGCUUCAUACUUUUUCUGCUGGUGAUGUUCGACUUGGUGCUCGCUUCGAAUACGCGACGCUGUCGCACACAUGGGGUCAACAUGAGGCGACAUAUCAAGAAUGGGAUGAUGCCCAGACUCGUCAAUCAGAUGGUAUAAAGAAGAUCCGAGAUGCCUGCAAGGUGGUGAAAGAAUCCUUGGGGCUUCAGUGGCUUUGGAUCGAUACCUGUUGCAUCAACAAAGCCGACGAAGACGAGGUCUACCAAGCUGUCAAUAAAACGUUCUCGUUGUAUCAGGGCUCUACGGUUUGCCUGGCUUACCUUAGUGAUGUUCCCACGGCCAAUACUGACAACAACGAAUUACUAUCGUCUCAAGUCCGCAACAGCCGCUGGUUCACUCGAGGAUGGACUCUUCCAGAGCUAUUAGCACCAAAGCAGUUGAUCUUCUAUGCCGCUGACUGGACUGUCUUGGGACAGAGGGACGAUUCUCUGGCAGAACUGAUAAGUGAGGUUACCAACAUCGACCAAGCAUACCUUUCAGGGCGGAGGGAUGUGCAACAAGCCUCAGUUAGUAAGAGAAUGUCCUGGAUGUCAAACAGAAGGACAACUAGAGCCGAGGAUAUGGUAUAUUGCAUGCUUGGUAUCCUGGAUAUCGAAAUGGAUAUACACUAUGGAGAAGGUAAAGGAGAAGCCAUGGGUCGCCUCAUAGAGGAGAUAGAGCAAAAGGCGAGGGAUAAAAAGGAUUCCCCGAAACCACCUCCCCUAGACCCUGAGCAGGGUCGAAGUUACAUGAUCAAUGUCAAAGCGGGCCCCCCACCCGCCCGUGAUUGGUAUCGUCCAGAGCUUGGGCCGUCAGCUGAUAGACAUAUCACUACUAAUACUAGUCAGUAUAACGGAGGUAGUGAUGAGAGUCCAUCGGUCUCGAUGUUUGACUUCAGUAUUCAGAGUGGUGGAACACAACCUUCGACCGUGCCAACGUCGGCUCCUUUGGUGCCACCACGUGUAUCUGGAACCGCACAAAAAGCUGAUCUUUCCCCUGUGGAAAAGCACAAGCCUCCUUCAGAUUGUCUUGAUGACUUGGAGGAUCUGUCAAUUCUGAUAGGGCAACAUACCGGAGUGCAUGAAGAGUCGGAUACAGCCACUAUAUACUCCAUAGAGACCCUCGCUGAUGAUCCAAAACUACACUACUUCCAGGUGUUCGUGGACCAGCUCGCUGAGGAUGUGAGAACUGGGGCGGAAGGCAUGGUACUGAAGGAUCUUGGGCCAGAUAACCUUGAUCAUGCAUUGAAGGAAUUUGCCUGGAAGCUUUAUGAAGAAUCAUCCAAUCCAUUCCAGCUUGAAACAUCAGUCAUUAUCCAUCGAAAACGGAGGAAUGUUGUUGAUCUUCUUGAUUUUGAGUAUCCACAGUUUGAGAUAUCGGAGAGUGAGUCAGAACAGAGCUCGGCAGAGUCUGACGUAGGAGAUGAUGGCUUUUUGACCGAAGUUCCUUUCAGAAAGGCCGAGGAAACGAUCGUUGCCUGGAUAGGCGACAUCAAUCCUGAUCCUGCAUCAACUACAGAUCUUUCUCAGAUGCCUCAGUACAGACAAUUCAUCCAAGAAUCCAGUGCCUACCGGUGGCUCUUAACUAAGCUUAAACAGCACAAUCGGUUAACAUGCGAGAAGCCUAACAUCAUGGAUGAGAUUGGAGUGGUUAUAAGGAACAGACUCAAGAAUACGGAAUCACUACGCAAAAUGAGCAGAAACAGAGCACCAGUUCCAGUUGAGAUGACUUACACUGUAAACUGGAACCUGCUCGGAUUCAUGCGAGAUCGCGGCAUUCCGUCUCCUUUCGCACCGGCUCUACCUAAUAUCCUGUGCUUAACGGGCACUUGGGACGAAGUCCAGGCCACGUCUGUUAUUGAGUACAUGGAUCAGACAUGGCCACAGUCUGGCAAAGCCCUCAUCGCCUUGUUGCAAACGCUAUUGUCAGCUUUGGAAGAGGAAGAUGAGACCGGCGCAAUGUCCGGGCAUGCUUUCAAUCUCGGAAAUCUUGAAGUUAGGUACAAUCGUCCGUCACUGUAUAUUAAAGUAACUGGCGGUCAGUACCUUGUUUCGGAGGUUGGAGAACAGAUUGCAUGGCUGGUGUCGGCUCUACAAGUUGUACCAGGAAGUCCCGACAGCUUCACCAUGAGCUUUCCUGGUAUCCUAGACCUUGCUGUACACAGCCCCUCACGCAAAGGGAAAAGAGUGGGAAAUAUCAGAGCCAGUUGUACCUUCGGAGUCGACUGGAGGCAGCCGACCGUUGAAAACGUCCCUCUUGGAGGGUGCUGGAGACAACUAUUCGGUUUACCUGUUAUUGUCCAUGGCUACCCCAUUCUGCGCCGAUCAGUACCCAAGUCCGGUCUUGAGAUUUCCCUGAAACUUGUGGCAUCGAUUAUGGGAUCAAAUCAGGUGGUUCAAUUAGAUAACAGACUGUUGAUCAAAGGGUUCAAUAUGCUCAUGAUUGCCACUUUGGUGGCUGCCGAUAUCAUGGUGUGGCAUCUCUUUAUCAGUGAGAAGGGAGGACAGCGAAUCUCAUACAUGGACUCGAGGCUCGACGAACUCAAUGCAAUGCCUUUCGAUGAGGUUUCCCUCCAUCAUAUACCGGGGAAACGCCAUAUCGUAGGAUGGUGUACUAAAGCAACAGACUGGUGUGGAAGUCCAUCUACAAAUCACAAUAUCAGACCUGCAGGUUUGCCCAGAUCUCCUGCGUCCUUGAAGAUAGACAAGUUAUACAUUGAAGGCGGAGCUACAGUUACUGGUGGUUUCAUGAUGGACAUCAACAAAAAGGAGCAACCAUUUUGGCUCCAACGAGAGAAGGACUAUCCGGAUCUACUAAACUGGGUCAAACUUCGACCUAUCGUGUUCUACGAUGUUGAGGAACGUCGUGCGUGGCUUGUUGAUGGAGCCUCCGCCUUGCUUCAUUUGGUUCGCAUAUCACUCCAUCAGGAUACCAAUGAUACCGAAUCAGCCUACGACUGGGUUUACGAUUCUGGCAGGCUUAAGGAUAAUUGGCCAGGUGUGGGAGGCCGCCAAGCAGCAGUCAACACUUUGAAGAACUGGGACAAUCGCGCACUUGGCCUGCACAUAAUUGGAAAGCGUCCUGGUACAAAUGGUGUACUUGUCCCAGAAUACUCGACUUUUGAAGAUCGUGUUAAGAAGAUUCUUCACUCGAUUGAGAUCUUGAUCGAUCAGCAAGAGAAGGCUGCUUCACAGGAUGGUUUCAAGAUUUCCCAGACUUGGGACCCACGUCGAGACAUUAUCGGCUUCGAAAUCAUGGACGUCAUAGGUCCCUCAGGUCCCAUCUAUUCACGAGUGCAGCGCAUCAACUCAUGGGGUCGCGGCUGGACUGACUUGGCACCCUCUAUUGGACUCACCACCAUCUUUGGCCGAGGUUUCGGAAACUUGAUACAGGCAGAUGAACCUAGUGAACUGUGUCCAAAUUGGAGAUUAGUCCCCAGUGGAAAGGACUUUCUUGUAGCUUCUGUGUCAACUAUAAAGAUGCUAUACGAAAAACAGCUCCUCAAGCUAGAACCGGGUCGAUCCGAAGACGAGAUUGCCAAGAGGGUCACUAUCGUAGCUGCCAAAGAGACGUCAAAUCCGUGCAACUGCCUCAAACAACAAGGGAGCAAUAGCAAUCACCUAUCCGUGGUCGAGUGUCACCACAAGCCUGUCCAAUUCUUAACGAAGAGAUGGUGGUUGUUGGGUGCCCUUCCCAAUGGACUGGUGCCGGUACGCUUGGGAUCACUACCUGUCAGAGGAGCAGUGAUUCUUGGCCACACUGUUCUAGGUCUAAGCAGCAAGGAUGCGUCAACGUCGAGACAGCCAGACGACGAUGGGUCAGGAUCUACAGCUACUGGCGGGUCUCUACAAGCUACAGGAUCGAGUUCGGAUGUGACUGAAAUGACUGCGAUUACAACUCCGAGUGUUGGGCCAUCUAGCCAAGAAGCAAGUGGAGGUGGCCAGAGUUCCAAUUCUGCGAGUAAGCAAAUGGAUGGGACGAGAAACAAGAGAUGGUCGAGAUUCAAGGAUUGGGUGAAGAAAUGA